AAAAAAAAAAGAAAAAGACUGAUGAAAAAUGUCUGAUGAAGUUGAAAUUGUGGUCACGUUAAUCCUCCAUAGAGUAGACGCUCACAUCCCAGUGCGGUCGACAGUUUAUUUUGAAAAUCCACGCAGGACCGGGAUUGUAUCCCUCAUUUUCGCUUCGACUCACUUUUACAAACACAUUGAGGCGAGUGAGUGGAAGCCAACUUGGAAACGCCGCUUAGGGAGCUCAAUAAGCUCCAGCGACUCGGUGGUCGGCGCCUCUGGAGUACGGCAGGAGGAAACCGCACACAACAGGGCUGGAAUUCACAGCCGCUCUCCUUUGCUCAAAACUUUUUAGGUUCGCUUUGAAAAAAAGAAAGGAAAACAACUUUCGGGCUUUCUUUUCUCGAGUUAGUUCCAAGUGUUCUCCGUCUGUCCGGCCUUGGAAGCGAAUGACCCGUCCCCACAUGCCUUGUUCCCUUUAGUGGCCCUCACGACCAGGUGAGCUCCAAACCGGAUCGCACGGCGAACACCUCUGUAGGCAACGCUGGCCUUGGCUUUUGAGCCGCGCGGAUCCCUCUGACGCCCCCAGUCACGCUUAACGCCUUUGGAGAGAAGCACUGUGGAGCCGACGUGGAUCUAACAACGGAAGCAGAGAAUCGACGCGCACACGGCGGGAGAAGACUCAGAAUGGAGCCGCUGUACGCCAUCGGUGUCUUCUGCUUACAAGUUUUGUCCAUCCAGGCUGCUGGCAUUGAGUUCACCAGGGAGCCCAAGUCUCAGGAUGCUCUGCAUGGGCGUAGCGCCAUGCUCCGCUGUGAGGUCAGCGAGCCGACUGACAUCACCUACCGUUGGCUUCACAAUGGCCAGCCGUUGGAAAACAGCGACAGGCGCUACCAGGAGGGCAGCAAUCUCAAGUUUAACGCUGUGGACCGCCAACUGGAUGCAGGAAACUUCGAGUGUGUGGCACAAAACACUGCAAUAGGAGAGGUGCUCCACUCUACCAAUGCCUCCUUCAAUAUCAAAUGGUUAGAAAGCGGUGGCGUGACAUUAAAGGACCCCACCUCAGAAGGGGAAAUUGAGAGCUCAGCCCCUGUCACGCUUCGCUGUCACAUUGACGGACACCCGCGGCCGACUUGCCAGUGGUUCAAAGACGGGGUAAAGCUGACUGAGAAGAGCCAUCAGAUCAACAACAAGGAGCGGACGCUCACAAUCAAGAGCGCCACUCCAGAUGACAAUGGCUUAUUUUACUGCUGUGCCAAGAACGCAGCCGGCCAUGUUUGCAGCAACAGUAACUUCUCUCUCAACAUAAUUGAUAAGAGCUUUCCCCGACCAGUUGUCACUCCCGAGGACCAGGUGGUUCUGAGGAAUGAAGAAGCUGUUUUCCACUGCCAGUUCACAGCUGUGCCGCCUCCUGCUUUAGAAUGGUACCAUGAAAGUGAGCUGCUGGUUAACAAAACUCGUAUUUUCCUGCUGUCCAAUGGGUCACUGCUCAUCACCCAGGUAAAACCCAGGAACACGGGCUUGUACAAGUGUGUUGGGCGCAGCGACAGCGGUUCAAAAGUGACACACGAGGCUUCUCUCCUCAUUGCAGAGAUCGAUGACAUGAUGGCCAAGAUGUCAAAAGUUUUCACAGCAGACACUUUGCAGCGGGUACCCUGUCAUGCCCCACGGGGACGACCCCAGCCCAAAGUAUGGUGGGAGAAGGGUGGUCAGCGAGUGCCCACAGAGGGACGAGUGUACCAGGAUGGCUCGGAUCUGGUCUUCAGUCCAACUGAGGCGGGCGACUCUGGAGUCUAUACCUGUGUAGCUCAAAACAAGGCAGGGCGCAGAACACAAGAAGUUACCUUCACUGUAGCAACCUCCCCUUUGUGGGUAACGAUGCCCCAAGACAGUCGUUUGGAAGAAGGUAAACCGGGUUAUCUGCACUGUCACGCCCAAGCCACUCCUGAACCUGAGGUUAUGUGGAUGCGCAACAACAUCAUGAUCACUCCUGAGGACUCCCGUUUUAAAGUGUUUCCAAAUGGCACCCUGAGGAUCAACAGUGUGGAGGUGUACGACGGACAGAUCUACGGGUGUGAGACCAAAACAGUGGGUGGUCGACUGUCUGGCCAGGCCAGAAUUACUGUCCUGGAGAAGCUCAAGUUCACCCCAACCCCCCAGCCCUCACAGUGCCUGGAGCUUGAUAAUGAGAUCACCAUCCAGUGCUCGGCUAAAGGCAGAGAAAGUCCCACUAUCCGCUGGACGAAAGCAGAUGGAGGAGAACUCCCUCCCCGUGUGGAGCAGAAAAACGGCCAGCUUCACUUCACCAAAGUCACUCGAAGUGAUGCCAGCAAUUACACUUGCAUCGCCUCCAACAGCCUCCAGGGGGAGAUCAGAGCCUUGGUGUCACUCACAGUGGCAGUAUACAUUCGCUUUAAAGUGGAGCCUGAAAAUACUACUGUGUACCAGGGCCACACGGCCAUACUGCACUGCCAGGCCACUGGCGAUCCUGAGCCUCAUAUCCACUGGAUGGUUAAAGACAAGAUGCUUGACAUCAGUAAGAACAGAAGGAUCCAGAAGAUGCCCAAUGGCUCCUUGGUAAUUUCAGAUGUCACAACAGACGACACAGGCAGAUAUACAUGUGUGGCAGGAAACAGUUGCAGCAUCAAAGACCGCGUGGCUCAGUUGUAUGUCGUUGAUAAACCAGCACAUACGCAUGACGAGGACGAGGACAGAGCGCCUUACAAGAUGAUUCAAACCAUCGGCCUGUCUGUGGGGGCGGCCGUGGCGUACAUCAUUGUGGUGCUGGGCCUCAUGUUCUACUGCAAAAAGAGGCGCAACGCCAAAAGACAGCACAAGCGUCCAGAUGGAGACGAGCCAGAGAUGGAGUGUCUCAAUGGAGAGGCUGUUCAGCAAAAUGGCCACACCACCGCUGAGAUCCAGGAGGAGGUGGCGCUGACAAACAUUGGCACCAUGACAACAACCGAGAAGCGCCACAGCCACGUUAACAGCGACAAGGCUCACUUUCCCAGAGCAAACCUGCAAACUAUAACUACCUUAGGUAAGGGAGAGUUUGGGGAGGUGUUGCUGUCCAAAGCCAAGGGCAUCGAGGAGAGGGAGGAGGAAACGGUGGUGCUGGUGAAAAGUCUCCAGACCCGAGACGAGCAGCUUCAGCUCGACUUUCGCAGAGAAGCGGAAAUGUUUGGCAAGCUCAGCCACCCCAACGUGGUCCGCCUGCUGGGUCUGUGCAGAGAGGCCGAGCCUCACUAUAUGGUCCUCGAAUACUACGACCUGGGAGACUUAAAGCAGUUCCUGAGGAUUUCCAAAAACAAAGAUGACAAGGUUAAAUCUCAGCCCAUAAGCACCAAGACCAAAGUUUCCAUCUGUGCCCAAGUGGCUCACGGGAUGGAGCAUCUGUCCAAUCAUCGCUUCGUUCACAAGGACUUGGCAGCCCGAAACUGCCUAGUCAGCAGUCAGAGACGAGUCAAAGUGUCAUCGCUCAGCCUUAGCAAAGACGUUUACAAAAGUGAGUACUAUCACUACAGACAAGCUUGGAUCCCCUUGCGCUGGCUUCCGUCAGAGUCUGUGUUUGAAGACGACUUCUCCACCAAGUCUGAUGUUUGGGCCUUCGGAGUGCUCAUGUGGGAGGUAUUCAGUCACGGAGAAAUGCCGUACACCAAACUUGGAGACAACGAAGUGCUAGAAGGCCUGCAGACCGGCAAGCUGAAGCUGCCCCUCCCAGAGGGAUGCCCCUCCAAAAUGUACAAGCUGAUGGUCAGCUGCUGGGCCCCCAGCCUCAAGGAGCGCCCCUCCUUCAGCGACAUCGUCCACAGCCUGGGAGAGCCGCCGUCGGACAGCAAAGUCUGAGGCCGUUAAGAAGGGGAACAUCCUUCCACUACGAAUAAAGACAGCAAUGUCUCACAUUUCAGGGAAGAAGCAUUUUAAAUAUGCAUUUAAGACAUUUUAGAAAAGGAGGGUGUGGAGGAGUUAAGUGGGAGGACACCCACCUUUUUUUUUUUCCAUUUACUUGGGAGCAGCACAAUGAGUUUACGUUUGCCUUAAAUGCAACAUGGAUGACCACCCUCUUGUUCAACUCCGUCUGUAUGAACCCGAGACUCUUCGCAAACUUGGUACUCCUACCUGUGCGCGCACCCACACACACAAACACAGUUCAAAUCAGAACCAAGCACAAUGUCUCACAAUCCAACUUUCUUGCAGAUGCAUCAUCGGUGAGCCCCCAACACCAUUUUAAACCAGGGGUCUCAAACCGGCAGCCCGGGGGCCAUUUGCGACCCACAAGACGAUAUUUUACGGCCCCCAUCUUAAUAUGGAAAGUUUGUUAGUCUGGCCCUUGAGGUUGAUAUGAAUGGCGCGUUUACAGUGUUGUGUGCAGGGGUGGUAAACUCACCAGUGGUUCUCUGAGGCCUGACAUCAACCGGACUUCAUGCAAUAAGAGAAACAUUUUCAGGGAUGAGAAUUUUCCGCCGAUCGGCGGAUUUCCGCCUUUUUAGACCAAAAUGACCAUUCUUCAAUUUCCACAAAUACAGUUAAAUUCAGUGUUGAAAUUAGUGGUUUUGGGGCUAACAAAUUGAAAUAAAAUCGCUUAGCUUUUGGGGGCUUCCCCCCCUGGGCCCCCAACGGGGCGCUGCCCCUGCACCCCGCUGAGGGCAUGCGGCCCAAAGACCCCCGGCUACUUUUCUGAGUUUUUUCUCAUUUGGCAUUCUCAUCCCUGCAUUUUUCAUUGAGUGAAAUUUACAGCAGCGUUGCCACGGACUUUUAUUAGUGGUUUUGCACAGAACUUGUUUAUAUCGGCGUCCUUGUUUAUAUUGUGUUAAAAAAUAAGAAAUGAAUUUGAGAUGAUUGGAUUUGUUUUUAUUUCUAAUUUAAAUUGCACGGAUGUGCAUCUGGUGCCCAGUUUAGCCAGAUUCUGCCUCCAGCGGCCCCAAGGAAAACUGAGACCCCUGCUUUAAACCACAUGGAGGCGCCAAGUUUGUGUGUUUGUGUGUGUGUAGAUCAUGUAAACUCCAGGAUGUGCAACCGUUUGCAUGAAUGUGUGUAACCGUUAUACUUAUGAUGUUCAACAUGAGCAGACUUGUUUAAAAAAUGAGCCUCUGUUAAGGUGAUGGAGAAAAAAAAGCAUCUUUUAUUAUACACCCAAGAAAUGGUGACUGUUCCAAUUGAGAUUUUGUACAUUUUGUGUUUUGUUCUCGUAUUAACCUUGAGGUGCUCCCAGUCCACCACAGUAACGUGUUAAGUUGUGGUGAUGGUGUCCGAACGGCAGGAAUCCAUCCCGAGUGUGUUAAACUUGUGACGAGCUUCUGUGCAGAGGUCCAAUCACGGUUCCUCUCUGGGUCCACUUGUUUCUGUCUGCAAUGCUGCAAAAGGGGACCAGUGUACAUAAUGUUAGAGGCCUUGCACUAACUUCACCGAAAACAUAACUUUCUAUCUGUGCAGGUGCCUGUUUAUUUAUGAAGGGCCUGUGUUAUGGUUGUUUUUAUAUUGGUUUGUAGUAGAAAGUUCUAUAGUAGUUCUGCUAUAUGUUCACUGUCAUGAUCCAGCUCAUGUGUGUGCAUAGCCUGGCCAAGCAGCUAAAAUGCUACCACAAAAUACAAAAAAAAAAAAAAAAAAAAAAACGGUCGUCAAAAUGUGACUAUUGGUCACUAGUACUAAUUAAGUGCCUGGUAAAUGAAGGAUAAUCUAAAAACUCUUCACUUUUGCUACAUGAAUAUAAUGCCUUUGUUCAUGAAACUGUUUUUACAUAUUGUUUGUGUAAUAUGUUUCAAUGAAUGGUAGGCACUCACAUUUUUUAAUCUGCUUCAGCAAAUGUCCACAGUUAUACAUGAAUAUAUACACAAGUGUACAUGCUGCUGUCAAUAAAGGGUCACAGUUU